UGCACACACUGCGAUUGUUUCUUAGUCACCUGUUCUGUAAUGCUAGUCUUGUGUAGUCUCUUUCAGCAAGAGUUUUAAAACCAUUUGACAGAAGAACAGCUUCCUCCUGCUGUUAGUUUCUCUCUCUGUAACAAUGUGGCUUUAUAAUGUUUUACUUGGUUUAGACUUCAAGGGAAUACUCCUGUUCCUUUUUAUUUUCAUCAUAAUAGCAGACUAUAUCAAAAACCGGAAACCUCCUAAUUACCCUCCUGGACCGUUGGCUUUACCAGUUGUGGGAAAUAUCUUCAGUGUGGACAGUGACCAUCCAGAAACAUAUUUUUCCAAGCUGGCUGAUAUUUAUGGGAAUGUAUUCAGCGUCCGUCUUGGCAGUGAAAAGAUGGUGUUUGUGUCUGGCUACAAGGCGGUGAAGGAGGCCAUCGUGACACAAGCUGAAAACUUUGUGGAUCGACCAUACAGGGCAAGCCAGGACAGAUUUUACUCUGGAAGCUCAGGUGGUCUGUUUAUGAGCAAUGGGGAAGCAUGGAAGAGACAGCGACGCUUUGCCUUGUCUACCUUACGUAGCUUUGGCCUGGGCAAAAACACAGUGGAGCAGAGUAUCAGCGAGGAGAUCAGACACCUGCAGGAAGAGAUCGAGAUGGAGAAAGGUGACACUUUCAACCCAGCAAAUAUUUUCAACAAAGCUGUGUCCAACAUCAUUUGCCAACUGGUGAUGGGGAAGCGGUACGACUACAGCGACCACGAGUUCCAGCACAUGCUGAAAUGUCUAGCAGAAGUUCUUGUGCUGGAGGGCUCUGUGUGGACCUUGUUUUAUGAAUCGUUCCCUUCGGUGAUGAAGCAUUUGCCAGGUCCUCACAACAAAAUGUUCAGCCACUUUGACACCCUCCAUGAAUUCAUCAGUCAGGAGGUACAAAAGCACAAGAUAGAUCUGGACCCCAACAAUCCCCGGGACUACAUUGAUGCUUUUAUCAUUGAAAUGGAAAAACAUACAGAUACCACUAUGGGCUUCAGUGAGACCAACCUGGCUAUGUGCUCCUUGGAUCUGUUCCUGGCUGGAACAGAGACCACCUCCACCACUUUGCUCUGGGCUUUCGUUUACCUCAUCAAUAACCAAGAUAUCCAGGCCAAAGUCCAGGCAGAGAUAGACACAGUGAUUGGACAGACCCGCCUGCCCACUAUGUCCGACAGACCUAACCUGCCCUACACUGAUGCUGUCAUCCAUGAGAUUCAGAGAUUUGGAAAUAUCGUUCCUCUCAAUGGAUUCAGAAUGGCUGCCAUGGACACAAAACUGGAUGGUUACUUCAUCCCCAAGGGUACAAGUCUGGUACCAAUCCUGACUUCUGUCCUGUUUGACAAGACUGAAUGGGAGACUCCAGACACCUUCAACCCUGGACACUUCCUCGACUCUGAGGGGAAGUUUUUGAAGAGGGAAGCUUUCAUGCCUUUCUCUGCAGGGAAACGAGUGUGUCUUGGAGAAAGUCUUGCCAGGAUGGAGCUCUUUCUGUUUUUAGUUGGUUUGCUACAGAAGUUUUCUUUCUCUGUUCCUGAGGGAGUUGAGCUUAAUACAGAAGGAAUCAGUGGAAGCACGCGCGUGCCGCACCCAUUCAAGGUGUAUGCCAAGGUGCGUUGAUCUGUAUAACAACUCCUUGAGUCAUUUUUUAUGUAAUCAAUGUGUGUUUCAUUCAGAGUGCAUUAUUUUCACACUAAUUCAUUCGUAUCAAAUGCCCAGUUCAUGCAGUUGUCUUUUUGUUCUUGUCAUUAACAAUACAUUGCUUGAAAAAUAAAAAGAAUUUAAAGUGGAA